AUGUGGUGGUUGGGUCUCGGCACGAAAGGAUUUGAAUUCGCAUUCGACGAAUUUCACCCGUUCGUAGAAGCGCUCUUGCCAUACGUGAAGGAAUUCAGUUACGUUUGGUUCAAUCUGCAGGCCACGAAGAGGAAAUUCACAAAACGAAAUGAGAAGAGAAUGACAGUGGAGGAAGAGAAGUUGGUUAAGGAGGAGUUGAUGGGCGAACGCAGCGAGGUGAAGCAAAAGUGGGCGGGGCGGUUGUUGGGCAAACUGCGAAAGGACAUCCAGCCGGAGUGUAGGGAAGACUUCGUGUUGAGCGUGACCGGGCAGCGGCCUGCGAUUUGCGUGUUGUCGAAUCCGGAUCAGAAGGGUAAAAUGAGGAGGAUUGACUGCUUGAGACAGGCCGAUAAGGUGUGGAGACUGGAUUUGGUGAUGGUGAUUCUGUUUAAGGGCAUUCCGUUGGAGAGUACAGACGGCGAGAGACUGGAGAAGUGCGCUGAGUGUCUGUACCCAGGGCUGUGCGUCAAUCCGUAUCAUAUCAGCAUAGCGGUCAGGGAAUUAGACCUGUUCCUGGCGAAUUUUAUACAUACGUCGAAUCCGGAAAUCCAGAGAAUUCAAGAGGAAGAGGGGGGCGUGGCUAAUGAAGAUUCGGACGGGUUGCCGGCGAAUGAGGGCAUCUGGGGAACGGGAGUGUUCACGGCGUAUGAGCUGAAGACGUUGACGAGGCGGUGGAUUAUGAUCAGGAUUUUGAUUAUGAUCAUGAUUUUGAUUUUGGUUAUGAUCAUGAUUAUGAUUUCGGUUAUGAUCAUGAUUAUGCUUUUGAUUAUGAUCGAAUAUGAUUGUUGUUGUAAUGUUUCAGCAUCGAUAUUAACAAUGGUGAAUGGCCAGGUGCAUAUUCCGCGGGGAGUUAUACCGCAUAAAGAGGAGCCUUACAGUGAUUUCGGCGACUGGCAUAGUCCUUCGGAUUUCGUGCAGAUCGAUUCGCCGCCCCCGCAGCACAGCACGCUCGCGCUCGCGGCGGCAGAACACGGAGGCUCCACCCACAACCGCACUCAACACAACCCAGCAGCAGCUGUUGGUAGCGAUCCAACGGGAACAGUAACAACGAUUGGGCAGCCGCCGACGCAGCAUCAGAUGGGACAUCAGGCAUCACAUCAUAUUCAAAUGGUCAGGGUAGCACAUCCGCAGAGUGCAACGCACGCGGCUGGCGCGACGCAUCAUGUGGGAGGGGCUACCCAAGUGGCGACGCAGCAUCAUCAAAUGGGUGGAAUGCAUGGGCAAGUGAUGUCGAAGAACUGUUAUUCUGCGUCGGGUGGUGGUGCUACGCCACACGUGGGCGCGAUGGUGACGGUGGGUCAGAAUGCCAAUAGUGGCAGUGGGAGCAGAUAUCAGAGAAUGAAUAGUGAGGUGAGUGGUUCAGAUUUUGGGUUGGGUGAACCGCUGGAAAAACGCAGAAGGCACGCGUCGCGGGACAGCGCGGGCAGUUUAAACGAGGAAAUUCACCAGCUGGUGAGCGGUGGUGGAGCAAUCGGCCAAAGCGGCGGCGCAGAUGGGCGUGGCCAAGUAAGUACGCGUCUGCUCGGCUCUCAGCAACAACCGAUACAUGUGGUACAUAUCAAAAGAGAUCUAUCAUCGUCAACAACGCCAACGUCCAUGUCAGGAGGCGGUGGCGGAGCGUCAGGAGAAAGUAGGCGAAGCAUUGGUCAAUGUGCGACACCGGCGAGUGGAUCGGGCACAGUGAUGAAGGCAACAUUCGUAAUGCCAUCGACAUCAGAUUCACCGAGUCAGCAGCAAGCAUCAGGAAAUCAGAGUGCAAGGAUUGCGGCUGCAAAUAAUAAUAAUAAUGUAAAUAUGGCGACGACAUCACAGCAAAUAUCAACCAAUGAUAAUAACGAUGUGGAGAUGAAGGCAGAGCAAGGAGGGAAUAAUAAUAAUAAUGGAGACAACGGGAGAAUUGUUUCGCAAAGGGUACAUACAAGAUCGAGUGGUGCGGGCAUGGAGGGAGUGGAAGGGCUAUCGUCGAGCAGCAGGAAGAGUGCUGCGACAGGGGGGAAUGUGGCUGCGAGAGUUGCGGGUGGGAAUUUGAAUUUGGAGAGUGGUAAUAAUAGUAGUAGUAGUAGUGGUGGUGGGUCGUCGAGUAAUAGACAGACAGGGCGAGGUCAUGGACGUCCACGGGCAGUUCAAAAGAGGUCUGCAGAUAGCUCUGGAACACUGGAUUUGAGGAGUGAUCUAGGCAGUAAUACGUUAGAGAGUAUAGUGAUGGGUCGAACCUAUCAUGGUAGCCCUACGAAAUUUACAACGGCAAAUGGAGACAUAGUCAGCUUUAGGUAUUUUUUGAUUAUUUAUUAUUUAUUUAAUGGAAAUAAUAAUAAUGUGGAAUAUAUCGAAAUGGAAGUGGACAACCCAACGCAGACAGUUGGGCAAUAUUUGGCCCAGAGGGUGCAGGCGGCUGGAAUCAGGCGGAAGUAUCUAAAUAGUAAUAAUAAUAGUAUAAAUAUAAAUAAUAUAAACGAGAUCGAGAGACGACUGGCGCAGAAGAUAGCAUUGUUGGAUCGACCAGUCAGGGAAUUCGUUUCGAAACCGGAUAAUCCGCAGCUACUGGUAACGCCGAGACCCAUAGUGGCAGUAUCGAAGGGCGUGGCGCAAUCGAAUUACUCGGAUGAUAACACGAUGGCGCAGGUGGCACGUGAGGCAGCGGCUACGAGCAGUAUUGUGUCACAUCAGCAGCAACUGCUGAACAGUGCAUGCAGUUCGGGUAUGCCCUCUCCAGUGCCGUUCCUCGCGUCACUGGUUGCCAGUCCAAUCGGCACCCCACGGGCAACACCACCCGGCAUCCCCGGCGGCGCAUCCUUUCCAGCACACAUGGGAACUGUGGCAGCGGCAGCAGCAAUUCCCGCGGAAACAACAGUCACAUCGGCAGCAGCAUCAGCAGCUUCCGCGGCCAUGGGAAGCACAAGUUGUUUCCCAUGGGAAGUGUCAAACCAGUUUUUGAAUUAUUUCAAUGAGAACUCGCGUUCGCCGAAUAACACUGCACAACUGCAGCAAAUUUGCACUGAGGCUCCGCCCGCAACCGCACGCGUCAGCUCGCGAGCGCGUGCCGAUUCGACGACAAAUAGUGGCGAGCAGCUUUUGGUACGUUGGUUUUAUUCGCUUCAGGUAAGGGCACAGCCAGACUCGACAACCACUGAGCCGGGUUGUUCUGGUUCUUCAGUGAUCGAUACAGUAGUCACCGAAGUUCCAGUCGAGAGCCCGGAUGUUGGCGAGCGGCCAUGUUCUACGCGUAGCAAACGUCCGCACACGCCGACUGCAACGAUCACUUCCACUUCGGGCUUAGCGGAUGAUGUGAAGGCGGAGCAAACUAUGUCAAGAACAAACGAUUUUCCGUUGCCGUUUUUGCGAUUGCUCGGAAGAGAGCUGCAUGUGUUGGACCGAGUUCGAUUUUUGAAGGUCUCGAAGAAUUGGCUCGCUGCCAAUAAAUAUUUCGUAUCGCAGAAUUUUUUCGUGAAAAAGUUGUCGAUUUGGGAGGAUUUCGUGACGUUUGACAUUGGCAGCGAUGAAUUAUUUGGGGAAAAUGAAGUUGUAUUCGCUAUUCAAGCAAUGCUGCAGACACUGGAAAUGUUUCGCGAUUGUGCCGAGAUUAGAAAGGAUAAUGAGUUCAUUGUGAAUAAAUCAAAUAGACUGGGAAUGCUUGGAGGGUUUUUGUGCAAUGCAAAUUCGUUGAAGGUAUUAACCGUACCGAUCGAGCUGGUGAACGAUUCAACGAGAAAUAUGGUGAUUUCGAGUAAUUUCAAAAAAUUUGGAGUAUUGACGAUCCGAAUCACUGACGAAUUUGGAUACAGUGAACCGCAGGAUUGGAUUAAUAUAUAUGUAGCGGUUGGCAACGAGCCAGCAGCAGCAUUUAUUGGCACACGGCCAGCAGCUGAUAUCAUCAUUCGUUUCGAGGGCAGUGCCGCGUUGAGGGGAAGGUACGAUUUCGACGUGGCUGCGAUGACGUCAUCGACAGUGUGCGCGUUGAUAACGUGUGCAGCUGUGAUACCGAAUGGUAUGGAUUAG